CACAAGGACAACCAACGCCAACUCACGUCUUGGUUCUUCUUCCUUUUCCCCUUUCUCCCUCUGACGAGCGAGUAUCACUCUUGCAAGCCUCAAGAAUGCCGCCGUCACGCUUCUCGCAGGUGUCGCGGUACCGCAAUGCGACACUGACCGUGUCCAAGGCCGACGCGCGCUACUCGGAGCUGGGCCUGUCGGUGCCCGCGGCCGCCUCGUCGUCCGCCGAGCAUUCGUCGACGAAGAAAGUGGCCGUGGCGCCGCACUCGGGCCACGUCAUUAUCAAGACGUCUGCCUCGCCGGGAAGCUUUGCCGUCCUGUCCGAGGCUGGCUUUGGCAAAUUUGCAAAGCGGCCGCCGGGCAUCGAUGUCGGCGUUCACGUCGUCGACUUUGAUGUGGGCGCGUUCCAGGGCAACAACAGCGACGACGACUUUGUACUAGCCACGGUCGCAUCUGGCUCGACGGGGGAGGUCAUCGUCGAUCGCAUCGUGGGGCUGCCAAAUGGGACACAUGAUGGGAAGUUCGAAGUCAGGAAUCUGAAGAAAUUCAGAGCCGACGAGGACGUGGGCAUGGUCCGCUUCUGUCCCGCCGUCGACGGCGUGCUGGCCACGGCCUCGCCAUCGCAUGGCACCGUCAGAAUCUGGGACGUAGAGCAGGGAACAUGCGUCGCGAAGCUAGACAAUGGAAGCGCAGGCCUCUGGAGUUUCGACUGGAGCACCGAUGGCAGGACCCUGGCAACGGCAUCUAAGGAUGGUCAGCUCAGGCUCUGGGACCUCGCGUCGGGCCAGUGCCAGUGCACGGCGUCGUUUGCACCGCACCAUGCUUCCAAGCUCAAGCCGACCCGCGUCGCCUUUGUCUCUGUUCAGUCGGCCCACUUGCUUCUCACGACUGGAUUCGGUGCCAUGCGGCAGCGCGAGGUGGCCGUAUGGGAUACGAGGGAUGUGGCCGUGGCGCGCAAGCGGACGAGCUUGGACGUGUCGACUGCGCCCUUGGAGCCGUACGUCGAGCGGGACCGUGGGCUCGUCUACCUCGUCUCACGGGGCGAUGCCAGUAUGCGCUGGAUCGAUGUCGGCUCGACUGACCAGGGCGGGCCCAAUGCCUUUGCCGAGGGUCACUUUUCGCUCCUCGACGUCGUCCCCACCGGAUCGGCCGCCGUCUGUGCUCCGUCGAGGUAUGACACGACGUGCGGAGAGGUGGCGAGGCUCGUCGUGUGCAGCUACUCCUCGACGGGAAGCGCCGCAAGCUCAGACAGCGUUGUUCCCGUCAGCGUGCGGGUGCCCAGGCGGCAGUACAUCGACUUCCACCAGGAUCUCUACCCAGAGACGGUCUGGAGAGGUCCUGGGAGUGGGAGGAGAAACGCUGGCACGAGCUGGGUAGAUGGGAUAGGCAAGCCUCUGGCGACCCUGUCCCUCGAUCCAGCGACGAGGAGCAAAGACGAGGCCAGCUUGGCCACGACGGCCAAGGACUCUGCUCCUUUGUCUGCCGCGCCGUCGGCAACGACGAGCAACGACUCCAGCACAGCAGGUGGUGCAGCGCCAACAAACCCUUCCAAGGCGAAGCAGCCGGAGGCGACGGCAGUCGCGGCCAUUGCGGCUCCUGCAACAGGUCCCUCGCUUGACUACAAGGUACCACCGGUGGCCAAGCCGGCACUAGGGACAACCGAGGCUACUGCUGCUGCUGCUGCUGCUGCUGCUCCAGCAGUCCCAGCAGCGACAUCUGUCAUCCGUCCACCGAAGAUGCAGCAGGACGAAAAGCCGACGGCAUCCUCGCAGCAGUGGUCCCGCCGCUUUCUCGCCGGGGGCACGCCCCUCGUGCCGGCAUACCAAAACCUGACUGCCGUCGAUGUGUCGAGGUCUGCUGAUGCGCGCAUGCUGGCCGCCAGUCCAAAGCACUUUUUCGUCCCCAUCUCUGGACCAGGUGGAAGGCUGGCCAUCUUUCCACUGUCCAAGACGGGCAGGGUGUCCGUGCAUCUUCCCUGCUUCGUCCACGGUGCCGCUCUUGGCGAUUUUGCCACCGAUCCCUUUGACGACGCCAUGGUGUACACAAGCGCCGCCGACGGCAACCUGAGGGCAUGGAAGGUGCCUUCGACGGUCGACAAGGACGAAAAGGAGCAGACCGAAGGCGGUAUCACCGUCGAGAAGCCAGAGCGCACCGUCAAGUUGCCUGGCUCGGCGACCCGAGUGCUGCAGCUGGCUGUGCACCCCAACGUAAAGGGCCUCGUUGCUGUCGUCGUUGCCUCGUCGGAUCACAUCGGCUCGCCACUCAUCUACCUCGUCGACUUUGAAGGCGAGCAGAUCCUCUCGUCCGUCAAGAGCACAGAGGAAUUGGUGGCCACCGCCGGCCUCUUUGGGGCAGAGUGGAGCCCCGACGGGAGCGUAUUGGCGCUCGCAGGCAAGGAUCGCAAACUGUACCUCAUCGAUGUUCGGGUGCCCGAUGGUCAAAUCAGGGUGUUUGGCCAGGCGCCGGCACAUGACAGCCCCCGAUCGUUCCGCAUCGUCUGGCUCGAUGGCAACCACAUCGUCACCGUCGGCCACGGCCAGGGCUCGUCGCGCCAGCUCAAGCUGUUCGCCAUCGACUUUCUCUCGAGCGCCUCGCUGUCCGAGGUGUCCAGGUGCCCGUUGGACGUCUCGCCCGCGCUACUGUUCCCGCACUGGGAUGUCGACACCAGCAUCCUCUACUUGUGGAGCAAGGGCGAGCGGAUCGUGCAUGCCUAUGAGAUCCAUCCUGAUCAGCAGCAGCAGCAGCAGCAGCGCAGCAAUCGCGCAGGCUUGGCGGUGGCAGCAGGUCAGCAGCAGACGUGGUUGCAGCUGCCUCAGUUUCAGCACGGAGAGGCACAGCUCGGGCUGGCCUGGCUGGGAAAGGACAGUGUCGACGUAAAGGCCGUCGAGGUCGCCACGUCAAUACGCCUCUGCAGGACCGAAGCCCAGCGCGUCGGCUGGAAGAUCACAAGGUCGCGACCCGAGUUCUUCCAAGACGAUGUGUUCCCGCCGACGAGGCUGCAGAGGCAGCCGCUCCUCUCGACGACAGAGUGGCUUAGAGGCGAUGACGGCGGGGUCGGUGGGUCUGGAUUACAUCCGCGAGUCUCCAUCAAGCCGGAUGGCAUGAUUCCACGUCAGUCUAUCGUCCUCAGGGCAGAACGCAGGCGAGAGCGAGAGCAUGAGCUGACGAAGAUUUUUUUUGCCUUCCCCUCCUGUUAAGUUUCACAAGCACCGCCGGCCUCUUUGCGCCAGUCGAAGCUGCCCAAAGGACCGGUUUCGAGGGAAAAGACGGCCGAAGAGCGCGAGCAGGAGGCACUCGAUGAGGUAUUUGAGAGGGCAAAGAAGAACGACGAGGGAGCCAAGGAUGUCUUUGACUCAGAGGGUGCGAGGAGGGCACCUGAUGACGACGACUGGGGAGAUAGCGAUUAAUUGGUGUGAAUCGUCUCUGAUUACAGAGGGAUUAUUUUGAUGUAGACACAGACAUUUGGACCACGAAUGGAAAGUCACUUUCUC